UUGCCUCGUAAGGAAAACAGUCGGAGCAUUUUUCGUCACUGAGCUACAUCUGGUAGUAGUAUACUCAGCGGCCAUAUGUAAUUUAACCUCAUUCAUUCAUUUUCGGACGCAUUUUGCUUCUUUUUGUUUACAACAAACUGCGGUUUUGAAGGAGGAGAGCUGCGUGUUUCUCUCCGCACUGUCGUUCCUCUGAACGUUUAUCGGUUUAUGCCUUGGUGACUGUCCGUUGCAGGCUGGGUGGUGACAGCACAGUACAAUGAUCGAGCGACCAGAGACCGCGGUUCCCAGCAUCGCUCAGCGGAACCUGGAGGGCUAUGUGGGCUUCGCCAAUCUCCCCAACCAGGUGUACCGGAAGUCAGUCAAAAGAGGUUUUGAGUUUACGCUAAUGGUUGUAGGUGAAUCUGGUCUUGGGAAAUCAACACUCAUCAACUCUCUGUUCCUGACUGACCUGUACUCUAAGGACUACCCUGGGCCUUCACAGCGCAUCAAGAAGACUGUACAGGUGGAGCAGUCUAAAGUGCUGAUCAAGGAAGGAGGGGUCCAGCUGACACUCACCAUUGUCGAUACACCAGGGUUUGGAGAUGCAGUGGACAACAGCAACUGUUGGCAGCCAGUCAUAAACUACAUUGACAGUAAGUGUGAGGACUUCCUGAAUGCAGAGUCAAGGGUAAACCGCAGAUCCAUGCCAGACAACCGAGUCCACUGCUGCCUAUACUUCAUUGCGCCUUCUGGACACGGACUGAAGCCACUGGACAUCGAGUUCAUGAAGAGACUCCAUGACAAAGUCAAUGUCAUCCCUCUUAUUGCAAAAGCCGACACUUUGACCCCCGAAGAGUGCCAGCUUUUUAAAAAACAGAUAAUGAAAGAGAUACAGGAGCACAAAAUCAAAAUUUAUGAAUUCCCAGACACAGAGGAUGACGAGGACAACAAGCUCAUCCGAAAGAUAAAGGAGAAAAUGCCCCUGGCAGUAGUCGGCAGCAACGUGGUGAUUGAGGUGAACGGCAAGAAGGUCAGAGGUCGCCAGUACCCGUGGGGCGUGGCAGAAGUGGAGAAUGGGGAACACUGCGACUUCACUGUUCUCCGCAACAUGCUGAUCAGGACCCAUAUGCAGGAUCUAAAGGAUGUCACCAACAAUGUCCACUAUGAGAACUACCGCAGUAAGAAACUUGCUGCUGUCACCUGUAACGGAGUGGACACUUCCAAGACCAAGGGACAGCUCACUAAGAGUCCCCUGGCACAGAUGGAAGAGGAGCGUAGAGAGCACGUGAUGAAAAUGAAGAAGAUGGAGGCAGAAAUGGAACAAGUCUUUGAAAUGAAGGUUAAGGAGAAGAAGCAGAAACUGAAGGAUUCAGAGGCUGAGCUGGAGCGGCGCCACGAACAGAUGAAGAGGAACUUGGAGGCGCAGUACAAAGAGCUGGAGGAGAAGAGACGAGUGUUUGAGGAGGAGAAGGCCAACUGGGAGGCUCAGCAGAGAAUCCUCGAGCAGCAGAAACUGGACGCCUCCAAGACGAUGGAAAAGAACAAGAAGAAAGGAAAAAUCUUUUGAAGAGAGAGACGACCCGUUCAUUCAGUUUUACACAAACUUAUUUUUCUUCAUCCUCUCUGAAGCUCACGUCUGUUGUGGCCCUCAGAACACACACACACACACACACACACACACACACACACACCACCUUCCAUUACAUUUAUCAGUGUAACAACAUCUUUUACAUACACAUAUGCAUACACAUGCAAAUGCCCACAACAGCCCACAUGCUUGUCUCUCCGCAGGGUUUUACUGUGUUUGUUGAGACUUUUUCAUUUUCUUGAGGAAUGCAUGUGUUUGUGAAAGUCUAUUUUCCUAUAUUUCCUGACAAAGAGUAGAAGCCCGACUUCCUCUGAGCUUACAGUACUGAUUAAAUACAUGGCAGGGACCAUGCAUAGCCAUUUGUACACAUGUAGUAGUCGUAUGUUCUCUAGAUAUUCGUAGACAUGCAGAUAGACGUACUCUCUCCUUCCUCAGCGCUCUUUUUUUUUUUAAAACUGUUCUCAAAAUGUAACACAAGUGUACACACACUUUAACACUCAGUCAUCAGGACCUCCAUCAGAGUGUGUUAGGAGAAGGGAGAGUGUAUGUGAGUGAAGGUAACUGAAUCAGUCGGCAGCUGUGGAGGAAGAAGAGGAAUUAAGGCCCAGUCACACCAAAACGUGGCCCAGCGACUUGACUCAGGUAAUGAACUGGGUAUUAGGUAAUUAUCUUACUGCUAACAUGCUAACAAGCCUGGAAAAUGCUAGGGCUGCUCAGUUACAGUGGCUUUUUGUACCGGGCCCUUAACUUGGAGGUAUACAUCAUUUCUUUCAAUUAAGAGUUCAUGAAGGUGGGAAAAAACUCUUGAGCAGUUUGUUAAGAGUUGGUUAACAAACUCAUUAGCUCAGUCAAUGGAACAAAACCUACAUGUAAAUAAAAUAACAUGUUUUCUAAUGGAACUUAUUGUCCCAUUAGGAAUGAAUAGUCCUGUUAACAUUUACAUCUUUUGAAUAAAACAAGGUUUGCUUCUUAAAAACUUAUUAGAAAACUUUUGUGCUCCAGUAUAAAUAAGAUUUAAUAGGUAAUCAGCUUUAGUAGCUUCCUCCAUUUUGGACUCUCUGUCAAGAGACCUGAAGCAAAAAUUCAAACUCAGAAUGUCUCUGGUUUUAAAUGCUGGUGUGACUGGGCCUUUGGACAGGAUUUACGGUGCAGUGGCAGGUGUGUAUGAGCAGGUGUGUUUUAUGAAAUGCGAUGUCUGAGGUCAUAGAUUCGUUGUGAUCUGAACCACACAGACAGAAGAAAGGAGAAAAUAACAGAAUAUUGUCAUUACAGUGUGUGUUCUCUAUUUGAAUAGAACAUAUUAUGCAAAAGGCUCAUUGGUGUCUACAGCUUCACAGGUUACAGUGAUUACAAAGAUGUUUUAUAUAUCGUGAUGUAAGUGAUGGGUGUUGUUGUGGACCUGAACCCUGAUGUCCAGAUUUUUGUGAUAUUUUUGCUUUGGGUAAAACAACCAGAGGGACAGUUCAAUUAAAAAAAAAAAAAAGAAAAAAAAGUUGAAAUAUUCCUUUCUUUCUCCCUGGAUUCGUCAGAAAGACAGCUGUUCAGAGAAGUUUGCCAAGUGAGCCAUAACUCUGUCUCUGACUUCUUUAGAAUAUUCUACAUACAACGAAACAUUACUUACUUUGCUUUUCUACCAGACAGAAUAUGUAAAGUCCAGGUCUGAGCUGAUUCAGAGUCAGAAAGCAGCACACGGUGCAACACGUUCGAACCUUUAAUAAACCUUUCCCAGAGUUGUCAUGUUUUAUUUUCAUAUGAUGAUGAUGAUAUUAAUAAUACUAUAUGCACGGUUGAAGAAUGACUCCUUCCCUUGUAGUUUUCUUAAAUAACUCAUAGAUUAAUCUCUUAUUUUAGUAGUUUUCAGACUGCCUGCAUUUACAGCAAAAUGCUAAAGGGACAAACCUUAUACCUUCAGCACAUUAAAUAUUGCCUGUUUGGAUUUGUUCAUGAUGGAAAUGCAUAUAUUGUGUACAUACUGGAGGCUGCUCAGUGGCCUUUUUUCUUGAGUUUUUUUUUUCCCCAGAUUAUUUUCUGCCAGGAAUAACAACAGAACUUGUACUCAAAACUGAAGAUAUUAAACUCUUCUUAAGAGUCCAUGAAUACAUUUCCACACAUUUAUACACACAUAUAUACUGUAUACAUCUAUGCCAAUGAGUACACCUUCUCAGGACUGCUCCGUUAUGCUAGAUUUUCUUUUUAAGUCCAGAGAAAAGCAAUCCUGUUGUCUUACAAGUUUUUAAAAAAAGUCAAUUUUUCUUUCAAAUUCUUGUGAACCACUCACUCUUCCAAUAACACCAAUUUAAGAUAUAUUCAAGUUUAGGUGGAUUUUUUUGUAAUAUUUUCUUUUUUUAUAUAAGUACACUGUUUUCUGCUUCUCUUCUUUGUUUUAUCAUGUGUUCUGUCUCUAACUGUACAUGGUUAAUAUUAAAGUUGACAGGUUAUGCUUUAACUUCCAUCCAGUGCAAGUUCUCUUUUUAACACUGUCAUGAAAUGAAUAAUCUUUCAGUAUGUUGUCAAAACAUAGAAUCUUUCUGGGUCAGGUUUGGGAUUUAUCAAAAUUAUCAUAAUUAUAAAAUGUGUUUUACAUAAUGGGAAAUAAAGGCAAAAAUCAAGACA